AUGAUAUGGACCUCAGAAGAAACGCAGAUCGCGAUUGCGGCCUCGAUCUGUGCUCUCCAGAUUUUCAUCCGCUCACUCGUUCGCAUCGGCGGAACACUGAAAUGGUUUCCUGCCUUACAGCAGCAGAAGUGGCGUGCUGAUGACAGCUGGAUGGCCUUUUCCCUUGUCCCCUUGUCAAUCAGGACAUUUUGUAUGUGUUGGACCUUCUCUCUAGAAAGUCCGCUUUCGGAUCACGACGAGAGGCUUUAUCAAAAACUUGUCAUAACGGGCCGUUUAACCUAUGCAAUGUUUCUCUGGUGCAUGAAACUGUGUCUCCUUCAGUUCUAUAUCCGACUGGAAACUGGGUCAAAUCGGGUCCAUCGAGCGAUCCAGAUGCUCCGAGCAUUCCUCUUUCUUACCUUUAUAAUCAUUAUCCUUGCGACGUUGCUAGAGUGUCGACCAAUAUAUGUUGCUUGGAGGCCGGAGUAUGUCCAUCAUCCAUGUCGAAAGGGGACUGUGAACCUACUCUCUAUGGCGUCGUUAAAUAUAAUAACAGACGUCGCACUAAUUCUAUUUCCAAUCCCGCUUCUUUGGAGGAUGAGUUCUCUCAAAUUUCAAACUAAAGUUCAAUUAACACUUCUCUUCCUUGUCGGCACUCUCGUGGUAGCAGUUACUAUCACGAGGAUACCCUUAAUCCUCAGUCACUCUGUCGCUCAAGAGUCACGAACCUUGUGGGCUUCGGUUGAGAUUGUAUGCUCAGCUGUCACCGCGAAUGCAGCAUUCUAUUACGCCCUGUGGAAAGAAAGCCAGCAAUACUUUCAACGGUUUACCCACACAGCAGAUGAUCUGGCUUUGCGGCUUCAAUCUCUAGAAACAUCGUCCAGGGCACCAAAGGCUCCGCAUCUUUGGGCUACAAGGGCUAGCGAAUCAAUAGCUGGAUGUAGAGAGAGCAUCGAUAUUGCGGAAUAUUACCUACAGCUUUCUACACCCAGCAGCUCUUCAUUUCUUUGCUUGGAUAGAAUGGAAGCAGGGGAACAGCGUACGGGCAAGGGAUGA